AUGAUGGCGCCUUGCACUGACUAUGCCGACUACGAUGCCGGCAAAACGCUCGAGAAUGUACCCAGCCAGUACUCCAAUGCUCAAAAUCACGAAUACUGUGGCAGAGGACACGGGACUAGGUACGUUCCACAAGGUCUCCCUGAGACUCCGACCAAGUUGUGGAAACCAGGUCGAACAGACAAUAUGCUAGCUAAGGCAUGA